AAUGAUCUACACUAAAACAACUUAGAACUAACCUAAUCACCCUUAAUCUUCAUAACCCAUGAAUUCAAAAGGUGAUUACUCACUAAUCUCCAUGAUUCCUCUUAAACCCAUAUUGGAUUUCAGAUUAAUCAUGUAGAGAAAAAUAUAAGAAAUCAACAAGACACUAGAUGAAAGCAAUCUGAAUCUCAAGAAGUUUUUCUAGUUAUUCUCCACCAAAGAGAUCAUCUGUCUCCAAUGGCUUACAAAAGUACUUAACUUAGGUUUAGGUAAUGUAAAACAAAAAACAAAUGACCAAAAGGCCCCUGAAAUAACAUAAAAAUCGUCCAAGCAAAACACGCGGAACGACCUAGCAUAGCCGCUCCAGGAGGUCGCUUCCGACGCGUUUCUUCGUGUCUCGCCCCGUCAAAACGCGAGCGACUUGAGCUGGUCGCUCUGGCUGGAGCGACUUGAGAUAGUCGCUCUGGGCUGGUCGCUCUGGCUGGGAGCGACCUUGGUAGGUCGCUUCAGGAUGUUCGAACAGGGUGGAUAUGCCUCUAGUAAAUUGGUCAUAACUCUUUCAUUACAUCUUCAAAUGACUUGAAACCAUUUCCAUUAGAAAGCUAACUCAAUUUGCUGUGUCUCCACAGAAGAUUUCUCUAAAGGCUCCAUACAUGCUCAUCUUUCACCCCCUUUUGGAUCACAAUGCUCCCAAACAUCUCAAAUCACUCCAUGGCACACUCCAACACCUAAUAAGGACAAUAAAUACAAAAUGCUACCUAGACAUGGCUAAAUCCUAAUCUAUAUGAUGAAAAUGCUCAUGGAUGAAUGGAUAAAACAAUGAAAAUAUGCAAGACAUCAAGAUGAUUUAUAAAUUGGAACAUUUUUGCCGAGUAGAACUGAACUGAUCAAAUUUGGAUUGACCACUCUUAUUUAAGUAACUAAUCAAAAUAUAUUUGUACUAACUUCUGAAUUGGUUUUGUUACAUUGUAUGUUGUAACCACCAACAGUCUAUUUUUUAUAGACAUGUUACAACAAUUUAUGACAAUCCGGGAAAAAAGUAUGAGAACAAGAAAGUUUAAAAGGUAUAUGUAAGACCAGAACCACAGAGUCUUACAAAAUGUGACAAGAGUUUUUCAAUAACUUUGUAUAUCAUAGUGUUAGAGAGCAUCUUCGGAGUCUAAAAAAAUCAUCAAAAAAUAGUCUCUCAAGCUUUAGAAAAAUAUACAUAAUAAUAUGGGCUUAUUAGUGAGAUAGCCAUAUAUGAAUGUCAAAUUAAGGAAGUAGUCAUGAUUUUGACAUAAUUAAAUGUCAGGCUUUUUGCAUUCAAUCUAACCGGUUAUACUCUUACCAGCAACAAGUUUCCAGUUGCAUUGUCUAAAGUAAAUAACGUGGUUAUUUUUUGUGGCUUAUUAACAAUCACAGAACUGUACUGAAAGCGUACAUCAGAUAUAUUUUACACAUAUGAUGAAAGAGUAUGCAUCGACAUUAGGUAAUAAUAUUUGUACGUGUAACAAAACAUAUGUAAAUGUAAUGGAUAUUUUAUGUUAUUAAAAUUGCUAUUCCAUAUAGAUAAAUAGCAUAGUUCACGUAUUACAGGCCAAGAUAUAUGUGUUGUAAGUACUCAAUGCUUCUUAAAUGAUAAUAUCUGGAAACAUGGUUAUAACAGAGUAAUCCAUUGUAUUUUAUAUAGAAAUGAACUUUUUAUAUUUCAAACAUUACGAUGAUGCAGAACGAUAGUGCAUUUGUUACAGAUCAUGCAAUUUCAUCUCAAGUAGAAUAGUUUGUUAAUCGAUUCUAUCUCAAAUAGAAUAGUUUGAACAUAUAAUUUUUCAUAUUCUAUUUCAAAUAGAUUAUGCAUAAAAGAUCUCACACAGACAAGUUGUAUUGAUUAAACCUUAAACCCUAAACCCUAAAUCAUAAACCAUAAAUCCUAAAUCCUAAACCCAAAUAUAAUCUCUAAACCCAAAUAGAAUAGAACAAAAUAAAUAACACAAUACAUACUGGUAAAAUUAUAAAAUGUAUAUAAUUGCAUGGAAAGAAGUUAAUGAUGACCUAACCAUACCACCUCGCCUUUUAAAUACUAAACCCUAAACUCUAAUCACUAAACCCUAACCCAAAUAUAAACCCUAAACCCAAAUAUCAAAAUCUAAAAAAUACAUAAUAUUAUAUAUGUAAUAUUAAAUUAUACAAUGUAGAUCAUAGUAUGUUUUUUACAGAUUCAAAAACAUGUAGCCAUAGUGAGAACUUAAAAAAAUUACAAACUAUAUAUAUAAACAAAAUAUCACUUUUUAGUAACCGUCAAAUAGAAUAGAACAUGAUAAAAUAGUAUAGUAACAAAAUAUAUCAUAUUACAAAAUAUGAAAAUACAUAUUGUUUUACAUUUAUAUUCUAUAUGCAUAAAUAACUACAUUGGUUUCGAUUGUAGAUAUAGAGGUGAUCGCCACUGCACAAGUCUUGUCUCUCACCAUAAGAGUCUUUGAAACUCUAUUAUUCGCCACAGUUCUUCGCCAUCAACAUAGAAAAUUUCAUCAACAAUCUCACAAUUAAUAUACUAUACGGACAGACAUUCGUACUAUUCCAUUUAUAUACAAUACCUUAUGUACCCUAAUUCUGAGAGUAGCUCCAAAUUGAAAGAAAAUAAGCAGGGACGAGAAGACGGUGAAGAGAAUCAAUGGAAAACAAGGAGAACUUACGGGAGUUUCAAAGAUCUGAGAAGAAUCGAGUUGGAGAAGUUCGGUAGAAAGGGUGUGCUACUAACCGCCGCUUAAACCCUAACGUAGACCCCUAACUCCGAAAACGAGUGACAAUGGAGGACGAAGGAGAUGGAAACUCUGUCUAUUACAUGCAGAGUUGAGGCGUUGGAGUGUUGGAGGAAUUAGGUGAACGACGGUGAAAGUUAAAAGAGAAAGAUGUGAACGACGGUGAGACACAAGUUACUUUUGUAAAGUUAAUAAUUAAAAUAUUUAUUUAAUUAUAGUAGCAGGUUGAGCCGGUGAUGUUUCAGAGGUAUUAGCGUAUUAAUAUAUAAUUGUAACAGUGUGUAUAGAAAUAUUAGGUUAAAUAGCUAGUAUGUGAAUUACCGUUUUUUUCAUGGUCAUUGGGCCCAAUUCUCCUAAUAAUAUUAGAGAUUCAGUUUGAGAUUCUUAUUGAUAAACACAGAACACUAUACUAACUUACCCCAUAAUUGUUUUCUCCAUAUAUGUAUAUAUUUUUCUUCUUUGAAACACUUCUCCACAUAUAUACAUACAUAUAUCAAUAUUUUCGAUCUGUUUCAGUUUCAUUGUUCAGAAAUUACAAAUGCAAUCGACCUCAACCGUUGUAACCACAAUGAAAAUCAUAUUAUUUUGGCUUAAAACCAGACAGAAUGACAAUCAUAUUAUUUUUUUAUUUUAGUAGGUGACAAUAUAUAAUUGUACACUAUAAUAUAUUGUAGCUGAAGUUUCAACUAUCAUCGGCAACUAGUUGUUUUAUAACACAAUAGUAAUUAAUACAAGAAUCUUGGAUCUAUACACCCACCACUAACUCUUCUAUUAAUAGUUGACUUUAUCUGUCGAUGAAAAGGCCUCCAAGCAAUCCCCAAAAGACCAUGUUUGUCUCCAUCAUUAACUUAUAAUUACAAAUCACAAAACACAAUCAAACCCACAUCACAGAAUCACAAUCAGAUUCUUUCCAUCUCAUCAGAGAAACAUAAACAUGGUGAGACAAAGAAGGAAGUCAGAGAAAGAAGAAGAGAAGCGAGAACAGGAAGAUGGAGAACAAGAAGAUCAGAAGGUGCAGCCAAAGCAAAGAAGCGUGAGCAGAAGAAACAUGCAAUCUCUGGUGAUCGGGCUUGUUGGAGGUGCUUUGACUCUCGGGGCAUAUUCUCAGUCCUAUGUUUCUCCGGGCACAUCUAUCGGCGCUGGUCUUUUUGUCCUCUUCUUUGGCUUGCUUGUUAGCGAAGGUUUUAUCUCUCUUUAAGAAAUUGUUUCCGUAUAAGUAAUUUUAAACUAUGCUUUUGUUUAAUGUAUGUUGUUUACAUAUAUACAUAUCUAUAUGAGCAUCUUGUUUGAUUUUGUUUUAUUUAAAAACUGUUGGGACUCUUUUCCAUUAAUGUGAUCCAAUCCAUAUUGUUUCUACGGAUUUGUCUUCUUUUUUUUUAUCUUGUAAGAAUGUGUUUGAUUUCUAUAUAUAUCUUCCAAUACACUAAAUUGUUACUAAAACAUAGUCCCACAAAAAUAGUUGAGGCAGAUGAUGCAAUGAAUUCGAAACUUGAUGAUCCAUACACACAUUUAGAUACAAAGGCCUAUGUAUAUACGAAGCAGACCCGUGCUUAGGAAUUUUAAAGCCCUAAACAAAACAAAAAAGGUAGAUAAAUAUAAGAAAAGAAAAUUAACAAACUCGAGUUGUCCAAAAGUAUAUAUUAAUAAACAAGUUUACAAAUAAACAUUAAUUCGUUGAAGUAUUAGUAGGGAUAUAAGUUUAAGAAAACAAAAAAAAAAAUUAAGAAGACGAAAAAUGCAUAUAUCAAAUAAAUAUGCUGUAAGUCAUGGUUUCUUUUCCCAUUAAUAGGCACGGCUCUAAAUGAUACUCUUCAACACGUUAGGCAAAGUUGACUUUGGCUGAGUACCUGUUAGGACCUGUUAAUACAAAGAAAAAAACAAAUUUAGAUGUAAAAAUGCCAAUAAGUAAAGUAUGGUAUAUUUUUCAUUUUUAUGUAUGGUAUACUUUUUGUGUUCAAAAAAGAGUAUGAUAUACUUAUAAAGUUAUAAUUAACAAAAUGUUUGAAAUAGCAUAGCCUACAUGAAGUUUUAGAAAACUAUGAAUUUGCGAAAAAAAAAAAGUCUCGCUCCUCUCCUCUCUGUUCUCUCUCUACGUAUCUUUUACAGGGAAGAUGAGUUGAAGCUUGAGACUUUCUUUUGUUUAUAGCCAGAUCUUGUCUGGUUUUUGACUCCCGAUGUCUCGGGCUUUUGACUCUGGGUUGCGACGGUUCCUAUAACGUCGUCUUCGCCGGCUCCUUUCUCGUCCCUUCCCGUUCUUCUACGGCGUUGUAGACGAGCUGGAUUCCAGAAUCUUUCUGGUUCCUUUGUUUUAUUUUCUUCUUCUUCCCCUGACCUCUGUUUCUUUGUGGUUUAUUGGGUCUCGAUUGACUCUCGAUCUAUGGAUUGGAUUGUUUGUUCCUUUUCUCGUUAA